AGUUUUUUCGAAAAGAAACUUUGAGAUAUGCAACUGUUAGCUUCUGAUAAUAUAAGAUAUGGGCGUUUAUGACCAACACAUGCCCAAUUCUCUCUUUUAACCCCCUUUUAUAACUUCUGCAGUCAAGAUGAUAGCAACCUGUAAUAUGUGAUAUAUGAAAAUGAGCCUUUCAUCCAUCUAUUCUUUGCUUGUUAUGCAGCAAUAAAAUAUGGUUCUUAAUGAGCCAUUAAACUUACUUCAUUAUUAUUAUAUUGUACCAAAAGGUUUCUUUUAUGACUGCUUUGGCACUUUGGUUCAUAGACUUCAAAGUGGACUUGUGGUUUAACACUUUGUCUUCUUAUUAUGUAGGCUUUAAUGUAGAGAAAGUUCAGUAUAAAAAUGUCAUAUUUACGGUGUGGGAUGUUGGUGGGCAAGAGAAACUGAGGCCAUUGUGGAGGCAUUACUUCAACAAUACUGAUGGUCUGAUUUAUGUAGUUGAUUCCUUGGACAGAGAAAGAAUUGGGAAAGCCAAAGCAGAGUUUCAGGCCAUCAUCAAGGAUCCCUUCAUGCUUAACAGUGUCAUAUUGGUAUUUGCAAACAAACAGGACAUGGUAAGUUAAACUGGCAACUUAAAAAUCACAAGAGCAUGCUGCUUAUAUGUAAUAAAAUCUAUGCAUUUGUGAGGAAACCCAGCAUGCCAUCUUAACAUCUAACAUAUCAUGCUAAUUCAUACCAUUUCAAGGGCUUCUUUCUUUUCUUUGGAAAAUUUGACAUGUAUGCUGCAAAUGUUUCCUUCUUAAUUCAUUAGCAAUGAGGGACUGAAUCGAACUUGCUCAAAUUUUAUUGCUCAGUUGAUCCAUGGCCACAUUUUUUGCUUCAAGUUAUCGUGAAGUGAAAAGAUGCUCAAAAAGCUAGAACAAAUUAUUUUGAAUUGAGAUGGUGGGUUGCACCCCAAAAGGUUUUAGAGAAGAGCUUCCUUGAAGUGGUCAAUUUAAAAGUACAUAUGCUGAUGUGUUCAGAUAAACAUGCAUAAGUUGGCAUGUUUAGAUAAACAUGCAAUAUGUCGCUAUGUCCUACAAAUCUUUUUCCUAAGAUUAAGUUAGCUUUGCAUGCCCAUAUCUGAAAUAUUUCCCACAGUAGCUAAACACAUCGAUAUUUGGUAAAUCUGAGGUCCUUUUCCCCUAAUUUACUCUGUAUUUGUUCGUCUUCUUGUGACCACACUAUAUUAAUCAGUUUUGUUUUACUGCCAUUGGUAAGUUAGCUUUGCAUGCCCAUAUCUGAAAUCUUUCC